GGAUAGUUAGUGUGAAAAGUUGAUCGUGCGUUCCUCUACCACUUUGAGGUUAAGUUCGUGUAGAUCUGACGUUUUUUAAAAUAUUGUGCUCGACCUUUUCGGUUAAAUUAUACGGAUAGUAAACGAAAUUGAAAUCGACACAUUCAAGAAAUAUAUUCUUGGUAAAAAUGAGUUGUCGUAAGGGAAACGUGGGGCGGUCUCGUCCCCAGAAAUAUCAGAAUACACAUGCGUUCAAGAACACUCUUCAUGACACAUCGGUUAAAACGAAAAAGAUAAAUAAUACACAAGUAGUGAAUGUCUGUGAAAAGUGCAAGAACAUUAUUGAAUGGAAGAUAAAAUAUAAGAAGUACAAACCGCUGAAGGCGGCUAGCACGUGCACCAAAUGUCAACAGAAAUGUGUUAAACAUGCUUAUCAUAUCAUGUGUGGACCAUGCGCCCUGAAACACGAGGUUUGCGCCAAGUGCAAUGAGAAGAGAGAAAUUAUCAAAGAAGUAACUCCAGAGGAAAGCAUCAAACUGGACAGAGAACUCAGACUUCUUUUGAAAACUUUGCCUGAGAGGAAAAGGAGAACGUUUCUUCGAUAUAUGAAUAAAAAAGGGGAGAAAAAGAGGCAUGAUAAGGAGUUGGACAAAACUGAAGGGGCUGGGAAUGAUGAAGAUGAUGACAGCGAUGAUCCAGAGCCUCUGCCUUCACGAGAUGAUUUGCUAGAGAAACUAAAAUCUUUGGUCGUGUCCAAAAAUGACGAGGAUGAUGAUGAUGAUGAUAGAUUUGAUGAUUCUGAUAAUUCAGCUGCUGAAGACUCAGAUGAAAGUUCUAUCAAUUGAUGGAUAGUUUUUUUUUCUUUUAUUUUCUGAGAUGUACAUAUUUGGAAUUGAGAUAAAGAAUUCUUUAGGCAAA